AUGUUUGGUAAAGACAGGUUCCCGAUUAAAGAAGUUCACAUCUACUACAAUUCGACAAAAAGGAGAGAUGGUCCUAUCAACUAUGGGGAACGCCUCUUCGUGCAUCCGCGCUUCAACAUGAAGACGGCUAUCAAAUUUGACAUAGCACUUUUGAAGAUAUCCCAUGGCGAAGAUGACCUGGAUGCCCACAUAAAUAGCAGAGGUUGUGGUGUGUCUGAACCUACAGGAAGGGUUUACAACGGCGAUACGAUAGAGAAGCCACAGAUUCCAUGGAUCGUACAAAUUGUAGGCGUUCGAGGCGAUGGUAAGGCAAAUUUAUGCGCAGGUAGCAUAAUAUCUCACAACGUUAUAUUAACGGCGGCCCACUGCGUUGAAACUGAACCUCCAGCACAACAGAUUUUGAUCUUUUACAACACAACCAGACCGAAUCAAGGACCUGUGACUAUUGUUGAACGCUUCACGAAGCAUCAUCGCUUCAACAAGCAAUACGCUGCCAAGUACGACGUAGCGCUCCUUAAGGUAGGAGAGCGAAUUAGCUUUGACAGGUUUGUGCGACCCAUAUGUCUUCCGAAAAGACGGAUCCCAUUGAAUGGCAGAUGGCUAAUGGCUGGCGGCUGGGGAGCCAAGAAUGAUCGCAAACCUCCUGAAUUUCCAGAGACGCUUCUCUACACUACAUUUCGAGCAAUGUCGCGCGAAGAGUGCCACUCACUAUUAAGUAAAGCGGAGGGUGAAGAUGGCAGUGGUGGUUUUGAUGCAAAGUUCAAUCUGUGCUCUUCAACAAUAAAAGGAAACCUGUGUGGAGGCGACUCCGGUGCACCGGUGACAAUGAGACAAAGCUAUGGGAGGUCUGUGCAAGUUGGCGUGCACAGCCUCGGAACGUCAUGCAGUGAGCACGGGAAGUACACAUUUGCAGUUCGUGUGGCUGAAUUCUUGCCAUGGAUCAAGAAAUCACUACGGAAUCCGGAAAGCUGGGAGACCGCACCUUCUCCAUAGACCUGGUUACUUCCGAUCUCCG